AUGAAUGGUGACCUCUCAGACACGCAGGACAGCCGGUCGAGUGUCGAUUCCGGUGACUUGGGUCAGGACGACGACAAUAACACGCAGGACAGCCGGUCGAGUGUCGAUUCCGGUGACUUGGGUCAGGACGACGACAAUAGUCUCGACUCAGACAAGGCGUUGAAUUUGGCCAUGGAUGACGAGCCAAUCGACGCGACGGUUAACGUCGGCUUAACUCACAAUAACAUUGCGUUUAAUAAUCAGAUAAACCGUUUGGAAAAGAACUUAAUGGCGCCGAACGGGAGGGACGGGAGGGAGAAGUUGUCCUCAAAUCGCAACCCAAAUAAGUUCAACACAAAUAGCGACCGAAACGGUUCCACAAACGGACCCAACGGAGGGUCGGCCGGUCAGCAGACGGGUGGCCCUCAACUGUCUCCGACCACAUUCGCGACGGCAGCCGCAGCCCUGGCCACUGCUGCCGCCGCUAACGGUAUAUCCGUCAACCAAUUGCUGACACAGCUGAUGGCACAGGCAGGUCAACAGCAAAUGCUACUGCAGGCCGGCUUAGCUCAACAGUUACAGCAGGCGUCCAAAGGUCUACUGCACCAGGGCCUGUUCCAGCAAAGUCUGCACAGUCUGGCCACCGGACAGGGAGUCCUACCGCAAGUGGCAGCCGCUGCGGCCGCACAACAGUUACAACAACUGCAAGAAUCGCAACAAUUGCUGCAAAACGUGAGCUCACAGUCCCAUCAGUCCAUCGGCGGCGCCGGUAACCACUCGUCGCACACCUCCAACAACACCUCUUCAGGCCAUGGCAGCCAUAAUCAGACACAACAGCACCAGUCGUCGCACCAGCAGUCGAGUGGUGGCCAACAGUCUGGCCACCAGUCCUCCAAUCACUCGCAACAUCACCACAACAGCUCCGGUGCCGCCAAUAAUGGUACCAAUCAUUCGCAGUCGACGCACAGCACCACUCAUAACAAGAUCAGUACAAACAGUGUCGCCAAUAGUGUCACCAAUAGUACCAAUAACCUCACGAAUAGUAACAACACGUCAUCCCUACUCAACACACACCCGCCGCUCAAAGCGGUCGCCACCCGACCCACGGAUCCCAACCCCGACGAGAUGACAGACCUCGAGGAGUUGGAACAGUUCGCCAAGACUUUUAAACAGCGACGGAUCAAAUUAGGCUUCACUCAGGGAGACGUAGGCCUAGCGAUGGGUAAACUAUACGGCAAUGACUUCAGUCAGACCACGAUAUCCCGUUUCGAGGCGUUGAACCUAUCGUUCAAAAACAUGUCGGUCGCCACCCGACCCACGGAUCCCAACCCCGACGAGAUGACAGACCUCGAGGAGUUGGAACAGUUCGCCAAGACUUUUAAACAGCGACGGAUCAAAUUAGGCUUCACUCAGGGAGACGUAGGCCUAGCGAUGGGUAAACUAUACGGCAAUGACUUCAGUCAGACCACGAUAUCCCGUUUCGAGGCGUUGAACCUAUCGUUCAAAAACAUGUGUAAAUUGAAACCAUUGCUCCAGAGGUGGCUCGAGGACGCCGACGCCUCCCUCAACAACCCCACGGCGCUCAACAGCGCCCACUCGACGCCGGACUCCCUAAGCGGUCGGCGCCGAAAGAAGCGCACCUCGAUCGAGACGUGCACCCGGGUAGCCCUCGAGAGGGCUUUUUUACAGAACCCCAAACCCACCUCCGAGGAGAUCACAAUGUUGGGCAACUCCCUGGGCAUGGAGAAGGAGGUGGUGAGGGUGUGGUUCUGCAACCGGCGCCAGAAGGAGAAGCGCAUAAACCCGCCGCCCAGUGGACUCGCGGGCAGCGAGUCGCCCGUCGACUCGCCCCUCAACCCCCUGUCCAUGGCGUUCACGUCCGUACCGGCCAACCUCACCACUACCUCAACGUUCAACUUCUCGACCAUUGGCUCGUCUGGAGGCGGCUCUGGAGGUCUGACCGGCAAUAACGUACCGAUUCUGCCGCCGAGUCCCGAGAGUCGCAGCCCUCUGACGCCCGCUUCCUCCUACUCGGACAACGGCUCCAUUUCCCUAUCACCCCACGGGGCUGGAUGUGGGGGCGGUAUGGGUGGUGGCGCUGGUUCGGAUGAUUCACGCGACUCGCGCUGCGCCCAGGACAAGGACCGGGGAUCAGCACCGGGAUCGUCGAAAGGGCCCAAACAAGCCACGGAUGCCAUGAAACACGUCUGGAAUCAAGUCCUUAAAAAUCCGCAACGAUUUGAUCAGAAGAUCAUCGAUAUGAAUAGGGCCCGGGAUAAAAAUGACCUGUAUAAUGCCGACCGAUUGGAAAACGAUUUGAGAAAUGAGGUGAAAAAUUCAACCCAAGAAAGCUUCCGAUAA